AUGUUUCAAUUUGCUGCCUUACGAGUUUUGGCUGAACGUGAAAAUGCCUAUUUAUUGCUUCCAAGUGACUGUAAACUUAGAAGGGCUUUUAAUUUAGACAAGCAAGUUUUAUUUAUUGAAGCAAAACAAUUACAAAAAUUAAUUGUUGAGAAUACUGAAACAAGUACAAAUUUUGAGGAUUGCUGCAAGUAUAUCCCUUCAUUUAACGACAAAAUAAAUUGGAAAAAUAAAUAUAAAAAUAUUUCAAUAAUUAAUGGAUAUUUCCAAUCUUAUCGUUACUUUCAUCCAACACAUGCUCAAUUAAUUUUAAAAAAUUUUAAUUUUCUUCCCGGGAUAGUUGAAAGAGCGAAUUUAAUUUUGAAUGAUAUUUUGGUUGGAAAUCGAAGGAAAAUAAAGUAA